AAAGUUGCUAUUACUCAACCUUCGCAUGAGACUACUCUACUAUCUGCCAUAUCAAAGAUAGACAGUGUUAAUGAAAAUAGCCUAUCAACUGAACAAAGAGAACAUAUUAAGCAAAAGAGAUAG